CACGCGUCGAAGUCGCACGUCUGGUAUAAAUCGAACGGUUUUUAUUGUGCUGUUUUUUUCGUGUAUUGUGCAAAUUAAUAUUUUACAGUGACAAUAUUGAGCGAACGUGAAGUGUUUUUUCGCCUUUCGUUUUGGCGGCAAUUGCUUUCUUUUUUUGACAGGUUGUUUAUGCGUUCUACUGCCAGUGUAACUGUUGUAGAGUACAUCAAAUAAAAUAGAUAUAUCGAAGAAAAAAAGUGCUAGAAUAGUGUCCAAGAUAACUACAAAGCAUCAAAGAUGAUGACGAUAAGCGAAAGUCAGUAUUCCUCGAACAAAAUGUCGAGUAUUCACAAGAUUAACGAUCGUGUGGUCCACAAGGACAGUUUCGACGAUGUCAAGAGCUCUUCCAGUGUAAACAGCACUUUAGUCACAAAACGUGGCUUCAAGCCUUCGGAUAUGUACGAUCCACAGAAGAAGGAGUUCCUCACAAACCUCAGUUAUAAGUUGUUCCCUGUAAGUUGGAAUGACGCAGAUGCUCGAGAAGUUCCCGAAACAGUACCACUGGAUAUAAAAUCAGAAGACUUGGAGAACAAGCCUGUGAUCGUGGACGGCAAGGAGGUCGACCUAAACAAGAUCUUCACACCUGCGCCUGAUGCUGAAGAGCAUCUUAUCAAGAAAGAUCGCAAAUUCGAGAAAACAUUUGCAUCGUCAGCAUUCUAUGUGCCGGGCGUGCACCCAACAGUACAACAGCAGAUGGAGCUUGCGCGCGCCAUCUCUCGGUCAUUGAGUGACUCCAGCAACCACAGCAGUCGCGGUCAGAGCAUGUACGUCAACCGCAAGAAACGCUCCGUCAAAUGGGUGCACGAAGGACGAGGUCGCAACACAUCGAACAUGAAUUCGACUCCGACACCGGUCGCUAACCACGACACUCCAUAUCGUCCGCCGUCGAGCUUACGCAACCAAAAAACUUACCCGAAAUCAGCACUCAAACAUACAUCGAACCUGCCAAAGAUGGAGCCAUUCCCAGUAUCUCCGCCAACAAUAACAUUACAGAAUAUAGAAGUGCCCGUACCAUUGGCGCCAACUAAAUUGAACGAUGUCUAUGCUUCACCCAAAAGCCCGCGCUUGCCGCUUGUCUGUGGUCCAAAUUUCAACGUCGCGCCGCGCGGUUGGGGCGAGAUGCAAGAUUAUUAUCGCCCCGUGUCGCUAGAUGGCGUUGGAAAAGUAUCAGCUGGCUACACAGAUUAUUAAUUUUAUAUAAAAACUCUUUUUUGUUAUUUAUACUUAGGAGUUAACUAAAAGUGCCUUAAGACGCUAAAUAAACCAAAGGGAAAAGUAUAUCACUAUUUUUAUAUCUAAGAGUAUACGAUGAAUAUAAAAUCUUAAAAUUCCGGUAAAAAGUUCCAACGUAAUUAAUGUUUAGUGAACUUAAAAGAAAAUUACCAAUUUAACUGCUUCCAUCAAGAUUUAUUUGUUAAGUAUCUUUUUAUUUAACAAAGUUGCAAUGUUUUCGUAAAAAGACCUCUUACAAUAUUGAGACGAUGUUGUAGAUGAUGUCUCCUGGACAUGAAGAAAGUUUAAAAAAAAACAUUCUAAUUUUAAAAAUGAUUUUAAUAUUUUAUUCCUUUAUGAUAAA